GCACACCGAAGAACGCUGCGAAACUCUGCACGCUCCGCUGUAAAUUUCAGACAUGGAAGAGAGUGUGGGGAUUGUGGUGCAGCAGCAGGAGAAGACAGAAACAGGCAUGCAGGCAGGAAACAAAGAUGUCUGUGUGACAUGUCAGCACCACACCCCCAAGGGUCACGGAACAAUGGCUGUCCCCCCAGCAUUCUCAGACUUGGGAAAAUCUGCUAAAGACAUCUUCAGCAAAGGCUUUGGCUAUGGAGUUCUGAAACUGGAUGUCAAGACCAAGUCUCAGAGUGGUGUUAUGGAGUUCGUCACCUCGGGCUCCAGCAACACAGACACAGGGAAGUCAGGAGGCCACCUGGAGACAAAGUACAAACUGAGCGACCUGGGUCUCACUUUUAACCAGAAAUGGACCACAGACAACACUCUGACCACGGAAAUCACCAUGGAGGACCAGCUGGCUAAAGGGCUGAAGCUUGGAUUGGACUCCUCGUUUGUGCCUAACACCGGCAAGAAGAGUGCCAAACUGAAGACCGGAUACAAGCGGGACUACAUGAACCUGGGAUGUGACCUGGACUUCGACUUGGCCGGUCCCACCGUCCACGCGGCCGCAGUGCUGGGCUUCGAGGGCUGGCUUGUCGGCUACCAGCUGGGCUUCGACACCGCCAAGUCUAAACUGACGAAAAACAACUUCGCCUUUGGAUACAAGGCCGGUGACUUCCAGCUGCACACCCAUGUUAAUGAUAGUACGGAGUUUGGUGGCUCCAUCUACCAGAAGGUGAACGGCAACUUGGAGACAGCUGUGAACCUGGCCUGGACAUCAGGAAGCAACAACACACGCUUUGGGAUUGGAGCCAAAUACCAGCUGGAUAAGGAUGCCUCCGUGUCUGCGAAGGUCAACAACGCCUGCCUCGUUGGAGUUGGAUACACACAGACCCUCAGGCCAGGAGUGAAGCUCACCCUCUCGGCGCUGGUCGACGGGAAGAGCGUGAACGGCGGCGGACACAAAGUCGGCAUGGGAUUCGAGCUGGAGGCGUAAAGAUUUACCAGAGAGCGGAGAGGAACGUUGGAAAAAAAAAAGAAGAAAGAAAACCCAGCCCCAAAUGUGACGACACUGUAGUGGCCCACUCAGCGACCCGUGAACACAUCAUCCCUCUGAGUCCAGCACACAGACAUGCACACGUUCUUUGGCCUUAACCCUGAAACCCUAAAUACCCUCCAAGACCUACAGUACUGUAACUGUCACCCAGUCAUAUAACUUAUUUUUACAUUUUAAAGUAUUUACAACUCUCAACACAAACCGUAGAGCAUAUUUUACCAGAAUACAGCAAAACAAUAUUAACAGAUUAAAGUGCACUUUUUAAGUAGAGCAUUAGUGUUUCGGAUAAAUGUGAGUUUCAGAGGCACGUUUUCAUUUUACCUGUCUGGUUGGUUCCGUUUGGUCGUAAUAGGAUUAUUUUGCUUGUUUUGGAGUGUUGUGGUUUUCGUUGCAUGAUUUCAAGGCUUUUGAGAAAGUGUGUGCAGACAGAAGCAAUAAAGACUGGAGAGAGUUUUGUAAAAGGAAGAUAAAAUCCCAUUCUCAGUCUGAGCAAACUGACUUUCAUUCUUCCUGUUGACCUCAGUCACAAAUCCUCAAUUGCCUGAAUUUCUAUUUUUCUGGCCUUUGUCACCACAUUUCACAACUGUCAACACGUAGGACCUCAAAGUAAUUUUAUUGAAUAAAUUAAAUAAAGGAUAUCAAAUUCACAA